AUGGCAUCGGCCGCCAGCUCCGCGUUGCUCCAGUGCCUAACGCUUCUGCUCCAGCUGUCAGGAUGGUCCCGGGCAGAGAGGGCUGACACUCACUUGCACCCAGAGGCUCAGCAGACACUUCCCACCCCUCCCAUCGCCACCCACUGCCACCACCCAGGUCACAUCCUUUCACUCCCCACCUCAGCCCAGUCAUGCAUCAGCAAACACAGCCCAAGCUCCCCACAGAACCUGUGCAGGGGGGAUGGGAAGCGCCGUUUCCUCCAGGAUGACCCUGGGAACUCUGACCCUCACUCUCUUUGCUAUGAUGUGACCAUCAUCCCUAAGUUCAGACCAGGACCAUGGUGGUGUGUGGUUCAAGGCCAGGUAGAUAAAAACACUUUUCUUCACUAUAACAACACAGUCACACCCACCAGUCCCCUGGGGAAGAAAAUAAAUGUCACGAAAAGUUGAAAAGAGUAGAACCCAGUCCUGAGAGAGCUGAUGGACAUGCUCACAGAGCAACUGCUUGGCAUUCAGCUGGAGAAUUACACACCCAGGGAACCCCUCACCCUGCAGGCCAGGAUGUCUUGUGAGCAGAAAGCCGAAGGGCACAGGAGUGGAUCUUGGCAGUUCAGCUUCGAUGGACAGAUCUUCCUCCUCUUUGACUCAGAGAACAGAAUGUGGACAACGGUUCAUCCUGGAGCCAGAAAGAUGAAGGAAAGGUGGGAGAAAGACAAGGAUAUGACCAUGUUCUUCCAUUACUUCUCACUGGGUGACUGCACAAGAUGGCUUGAGGACUUCCUGAUGAGCAUGGACAGAACCCUGGAGCCAAGUGCAGGAGCACCACCCAUCAUGGCCCCAGGCACUGCCCAACCCAAAGCCACGGCCACCACCCUCAGUCCCUGGAGCCUCCUCAUCAUCCUCCUCUGCUUCAUUCUACCUGGCAUCUGAGGAGAGUCCACU